GAUAAACACUCGGCAGUGUAGGUGGCAGUGCCUCCGCUCCGGGUCCUGUCACAGUAUAGGUGUCUCUGUUGCCCCUUGGCCGACCCCCAGGGAUCGUGGUCCCCGGCGUGCUGUGUGUGUGUACUGGGGUGACCAUCUCACCGUCUGUCCAGCGGACGGGCAGCGAGGCCGCGGGCGCUGGGGGUUGGUCCCGCGGCUCCGGCCCCCGGUGGAUGCAGAAUGGCGGUGGCGGCGGCGGCGGUUCGGAUGAACAUCCAGUUGCUGCUGGAGGCGGCCGAUUACCUGGAGCGGCGAGAGCGAGAAGCUGAACAUGGUUAUGCCUCCAUGUUACCAUACAAUAACAAGGACAGAGAUGCCUUAAAACGGAGGAGCAAAUCCAAGAAGAAUAGCAGCAGCAGCAGCAGAUCAACACACAAUGAAAUGGAAAAGAAUAGACGUGCCCACCUUCGCUUGUGCCUUGAGAAGCUGAAGGGGCUCGUACCGCUUGGACCUGAGUCGAAUCGUCACACUACUUUAAGCUUAUUAACAAAAGCAAAGUUACACAUAAAGAAGCUUGAAGACUGUGACAGAAAAGCAGUACACCAAAUAGACCAGUUACAGCGAGAACAGCGGCACCUGAAAAGGCAGUUGGAGAAAUUGGGCAUUGAGAGAAUAAGAAUGGACAGCAUAGGAUCGACAGUCUGCUCAGAGCGCUCUGACUCAGACAGAGAAGAAAUUGACGUUGACGUUGAAAGCACAGACUAUCUCACCGGUGAUCUGGACUGGAGCAGCAGCAGCGUGAGUGACUCGGAUGAGAGGGGGAGCAUGCAGAGCCUCUGCAGCGACGAAGGCUAUUCGAGCUCAAGCAUUAAGAGAAUAAAGCUACAGGACAAUCACAAGACUUGUCUCAGUCUAUAAGAGACGGCUCCAGCAGUGGCUGCCUUCCUUAUGGUUUUCCCUCUCGGAUCUUAUUAGGUAGUGUAUUGGACCUUCCCACAAUUCCCUUGCACGCAAAUUUCAAUGUACCACCACCUUUACCCAAAUCAGCUUUGCCUAAGUUUUCAAGAAAAAGUGCAUAGGGUCGUGGGUUUACAAAGCUACUCUCUGGAGCACACAUCUGAUUGCAUCCACUAGCUUCUCUUUCUGUCCAUAAAAAUUCAUCUCUGUGAGACUGUACAUUCCAACCAAAUUUUGAAACAUCCAAGAAUAUUUAGACUUAGAGCCAACUCCCAAAUAUCAGUAAUUUCCCCUUUUCCUUAUUGUCAUCAUUUAGUCUUCUCAACCUAUCUUAAAUUUUUCUGUUUGCUAUGUUUAUGUAUCUUGUCUAGCAAAAAUUGUCCGAUUGUGACUUCUGUUCAAAAAACCUGAAGGAACCAAACUUUUCAAGUUGAGAUCCUAAUCUCAGAACUAUGAAGUAAGCUUUGAAAAGAGCAUUUAAGAGCGCUUAACUGUGUGCCUCACCCCAGGCUUUCCUGGGAAUGCUAGGAAAAAUCCCUAACCCUCUGAAAACUUACCCCUCAAACACUGCACAUGAAUUUCUCCAGACCCGUGUGUAGCCUUGGGCAGUAUCUUUUGCUUUAAACCGGGGACAACAUGUCUUUGGGGUUACGCAACUCAUCAAGUUUCUUGAAUGUUUUUCUCACCAACUAAAUGGUACAAUCUAUCCCCAUCUCAUGUUCUGGGGAUUGCACCAUAUUGUCGUUGAAUAGUGCUGUCCCAAGACAUGUUUCUUUUUCCUCCAAGUUUAAUACUACUUGUCUCUGGGAUAAUUUUUUUUUCUACCUCAGAGAUGAACAAGAUGAUCUCCAUUUCCCAUUAGCACAACGAUGAUUAUGCCUCUUUAAAAAAAAAAAUAAGCAACAUUUGGUCCAGUUCCAAUCUAUUUUCUUAUUUAACCUUCAGCAAUAAUUGAUCUGUAGAGCUAGCUGAGCUAGCUUCUGUCAUUAGUGAAAGGAAAAGUUCACAUUGCUACUUUCUAUGUUGCAAGUAAACACAAGGGGUAGUACAAUGUUACUACAGUUCCUCACCUUGUUGAAUUAUUUUUAGACACUCCCAGAAACUUGUUUAUGGAGGCUUUGGGGUUGCUAAUUUAGAAAGCUGAUUUUUUCCCCCUCUUUGGCCAUGGUUUCUCCCCAGCUUGGUCCCCCACCUUGUAGCAUUUUUAUUUAAGCUUAACAGAGCACAUGUAUAUGUACAUAAACACAUUAAAUCUAUAAAUACUAUUUAUUCAUUUUUAUAUAAACUAAUGUAAUGGAGAAGAAAUUCUUACAACAUGCUUUUAUAGAUGUUCUGGAAACUUUGUAUGUAGAUAUCUGCUCACUAAAAUCUGUUCAUUUCCCCUUAAGCUUUUUUUUUUGAACAUUGUAAGGCCUUGAUAUUUUGCGCCUCUUUGGCUAAUCUGUUCAUUGAAUUUGGACCAUUCAUAAGAUGCAUAAAACUAAAAUACAGCAACUGGCACAAGGUGAUUAAAGCAGUCCCAAAUGCCGUAGAUACUUCACAAGCAUAAGGGCUACAUAGCUUAAUCAGUGAUAGACAACCACCAUGGGCUUUCUUGCUUGCCUGCAAUCUUUACCGUGUGUAUGUGUAUUCAGCCUGAUUAUAUGUCUAGCUGCCUCAAACCAUUCCAUAUGUUCUAAAGUACAAAUUCAGAGAGAGCCUAUGCUCAGACUUUAAAAUUGAUCAGCAGCCUAAAUAAAACUAGAUUACUUUUGGGCUCUUUUUAAAAAUGAUUCUUUAUUGAAUUUUAAACAAAAAUAUGGGAAUUAGGGCUAGUGGAUUUCUUAAACUCCAAAGUCUCUCCUUGUUUUUCCCCUUCCUUUUUUGUGCUAUUUCAUUUUCUUUUUGUGGGGAAAAAGGGGAGGUGGGAGGGUGGAGUAAAAAAGAAGGAUUUUUUUUUUUUAAUAGCUGGAACUUUUUCUGAUUACCAGCAGAAGAUUUGCACUGAAAUACAACUUGUAUGCCUUUUGCAUUUAUGAAGCCUGCUUCCUGAGUCCAAGCAGAAAGAUAGUGUUCAGAGAGUUAGCUCGGCCUGUAACAUGUUUGGAAAAGGUACAGAUAUGCCUGCACUUUGAGGUACCUGCUCGGAUGCCCUUUGCAAGACCUCACAAGAAUUUUGUUGGUUAAUGAAAUGUUACAUUUGAACCACCUUCACAAGUCUAAGCCCCAAGUUGUAGAUGCUUUAAAGCAUCAGGAAGUGUAGAUUUAAGGGGUAAGGAAAGCUUGUGGGCCUGAAUUGGGGGAGGGGACAAAAUUGUGUACUUGUUUAUUUAAUUUAGAAAUAAGGCGUCUGAGAGCCGCCAGUAUUUUCUGUGUUUUAGUUGUUGUGCCUUUGAUUUAAAACUGCAUUUUUGUCUCUUUGGUUGAAAUAAUAUUAAAUGUGUUGUCCCAAUAUAAAACAGGAAUUAUUUGACCUUCACACUGUUUGUCUGGUCCUUUUCAAUUUGAUUGCGUAUAAUUGUGGAAGUUAGUAUAUAAAUAUAUGUGUGUAUACACAUAUGUGUAUAUAGAUAUAUUUAUACACAUAUAUUAAUGCACUUAUGUCAAACUGACACCAGGGUUAGACAUGGCUUUCAAAAGUUCUAAGCAGAUAAAGUUAGCUUGCCAAGCUGGGCUCCAGGGUAACCAAUUCCUUAACUAUUGGGACCAACCCUGGGAGUUUCUUCUCUGUGAUUCUCUAGGUUGUAAACCAACUCAUGCCAAGGCAGCUAAUUCCCCCCACGUUGCUGAAAUAGUAGCACUGAUUUGCCAGCCUUUUCUCUCCAAUUCACUGAUCCACCAGCAUUAUUGUUAAAGAGCUGCAUCAGGGGUUUUGUUUGUUUGUUUUUUGUUUUUAUUAAAAAGAAAACCUUUUUAGAUAGGGUAGUUGAGGUGGGGGAGGGGAGGGGCCUAACACAUAAACCCCCAGCCUUUAAGACUUUGACAGUUGUACCUAUGGAUAGGUAUGUAUGUACAUAUAGGUACGUGCAUAUUUUUUGUGUGAAAGUUGAUUUACACUAGCACCCAAUCACUGCAUUCUUGGGUUUCACCACUGCAAUGCGAGUGGUGAAAUUGAGGCUCGUGGUCCUUAUUUGGAACAAACCAACCAAACUCUUGCACUUAGAUAAUAAGCUUAAUGAAAUGCUUACAGUGAAUGUAUGUACAUGUAGCAUGGCGCUGUUCUAUUUUAACAUCCCCAAAAGUAUUGUCUUUAUUAUUUGGGGCUUUGUAUUGAGUGCCGAGCACCCCUUGUGUAUUUAUUUCAGGCUUUCUUCUGGUAAGCAGAGCUCUUGAAUUCCUCAAGGUGCUGAUAGCCACGCCAUGUGAAUUUCCCGAGUCACAAGGUUAAUGCUAAUUCGAUACCAAUUCAAAGAGCACAGCACUUUGAGCAGCCCAGGGAACUCUUCUACCUGUUCUUAAGCAGGCCGAGAUGAUUUCAAUACUGUAUUUCAGUGUUGGGCAUUAUGGAAGGUCUUGUUCUGCAAUUGGCCAACCACUUUAGCACUUUGGUUGGCGGUCUCCCUGGCACUUCCCCUCAUCCUCCACCUCGGGGGUUUUGUUUUUGUUUUGAAAUGAAAUGAAACUUCUGACUUGCAUUCCACUGCCUCUGCCCUGACCCCAUGAGAUGUGGCCAAGAGUACGCUGUGUAUUUGAGAGGAGAGUGCCGCUCGCUCCACAUCAGCAAAUGCCCCCACUUGUGCAUUAAUUUCGAGUUUUGCCACUGCACUGCACUGGGAAGGCAGCUUCUUCUUUUUCUUUCUUUUUCCUUUUUUUUUUUUUUUAACCACGCUGUAGAUGAUCUCUAGUUGCCUUCUCCCUUAGUUCCUCUUGGCUUCUCUGACGUCCUGGUCACCUCCCUCCCUUUGGCAUUGGAUGUCUGAGUGGGAAAAGCCAGGUAUGUCAACAUGUGAGAAAAUGCCUAUUAUUUGCAUUGUACGGCUAUACAGCAACAAUUAUAAAACAAAACAAAACAAAACAAAACAAAAAGUUGUGGAUAGAUAGCUGGCUACUCCUAUUUAAAAUACUUCCUAAGAGGAGAGAACCCAAACGGGCCCCAAAUAAAAGUGAUGCCUCAUUCUACAUAAUUAGAGUUCUCAGUACUAUAAGAUGUUUUUCUUUUCCUUCUUUCUUUCUUUUUAUUUUUUAAAACUACCUGAGUGGGAUGUGAAAAGUGUGAUUUAUCAUGGUUGGUUUUUUGUUUGUUUUUUUACUCUCCAUAUUUAUGACAUGAAUGAAUUUCUUGUGCCAUAGGCUUAUGAGAAAAUAAUUAAUUGACUGGCACUACCAGAUCCAGACUAUUAUUUUCCAAACAGCUGUUGCAUGACUGAAAAAAUCGAGUAUCUUUGUCUUCUAGCAAAAUCAUAAAAUCAGAGUCAGUAAAGUGGCCAAUCUAUAGAUUUAUCCAGACUUAAUUUUUCUUCAGCUUUUCUUUUCUUUUCUUUUUUUGCAGUUCUUUUAAAUUUUGCCUAAGAACCACACUUGCCUUUAUCCCUUAUUCCUAGAAUUGGUGCUCUUUGUAAUAUUGCUCUUUAAAAUCAUCCAUUUGGGGGUGGGGAUGUCUUCUGAAGGGUAAAUACAUACUAAAUAGGGGGAGCAGCAGAUGGGAGAGUGUGAAAUUCUGUUUCCAGAUGUUCAGUUCCUAAUGUAAAUACUGCGCCAAUGUAAAUCCUGGGUCAAGACCAUAGAGAAUGGUGCUUUUACUACAGUGAGCACAUGCAUUUUUAGAAACUACAUGUUUUAGAGAACCUUGCUGUGUAUAUGUAAACUUCUGUAUUGUUCAACUGUUAAAAUAAU